AUGGCUGAUAAAAGGAAACUUCAAGGUGAGGUUACCAAAUGGUCGACCAGAUGGUACCACCUGCCAAUGAUCCACCACCCAGUCCAUCACUAUAGUCCCUCCCUGCAUUCAUAUUUUCUCUAUGAAGCAUGUCUAUCCAACAGACGAAAUGUCACUUAAUUUCUCCAUCCAUUCAAGAGAUUUACCUCUUCAUCCUAAAUCUGGCAAGCUUCAGCGCAGUAUAGUGCACUCCGCUUAUUGUGAUCAAAUUGACCUGCACGGAUGUGAUCGCAGUAAGAGAAGUGCUGCACUGUAUUACUGAAAAGGGUUGUGACGCCAAACAAAAGAAGCCAGAAGCAACAUUUAGGAGUAAGGAUGCAUAAGGCCAAAGUCAGACAUAAUCUGCAGAGACAACCUUCUUAAAUUAAGACUACCGCACCCCGUUGCCAGUGCCUGUGGCAUUGCAUUUUUAACCCGGUUUGGGGUGACACAUGUAGCUUUUACUGUAUUUAUCUUUGAUGAGGCUGCCAGCCACAGUUAAAAAAGCGAUGCUGCUUAUGGGGAGAGGGAGAGAGCCGCAUUUGGACUUUACAUUAUUCAGCCUGAUGUGAUGCGUCUUGAAGGAUUUUUUAGCCAUGGCUCUCUUUCCCAAAUCUCCAUUUUAUUCUAUGCCCUUCUCCAGGUGAAAUAGAUCGAUGUUUGAAAAAAGUAACGGAAGGCGUGGAACAGUUUGAAGACAUUUGGCAAAAGGUAACAGCCAUAUCUCGUUUUAAUUUUGAAAGAAUGUUGUGUGUUGAUCUGAAAAUAUGUGCUAACUGGGCACAGAUAUGUAAGUUAAGCGCUACCACCCCAGCACUUUGGUUGUUGGAAUGUUUUGUGCUGACCUUAAAGGUCCACCAAAUUAUUCAACGUUUAACAUCCGUUGUAUAUGCAGGGUCUUAAAUACUGCAGCACGCCUUGUUUGGUGGGAUUGUAGCCAUUAUUAUUCACGGCCGUGGGGAUAGAAAGGAAACCGUUUGUUAGUGUGUUCUGUAAAGCAAAAGAACACAUUUUAAAGCCACAUUCCUGAGUUUGUGUUUCGGCCCAAUGGCAGCCCCGCCACUUGAUUUGAUGUAAAGUUGGGGGAUGAUGAGACUGGAGGGGAUGUAGGCUAAUCACUCAAAUGUAUAGACCGAGGCAAAGCUAUGAAUGCUAGGAUUGACAGUCCAUGAGAUUUGAAUUUGACACACUAGUUUUAGACAUAUUUUUAAGCUAUAGGCGACAUUGUUUACAAAGACUUUAUAUGAAACAUGUUUGGGAAGAGUUACUGAUUGUCUGAGUGUAAUCUGUAUGACUGUACCCCUCCAAACCACAGCUUCACAAUGCAGCCAAUGCUAACCAGAAGGAAAAGUAUGAAGCCGACCUCAAGAAAGAGAUUAAAAAACUACAGGUGGGAUACAGACAACGCUAUUGUUCUCAACUGUUAUGUGGCUUGAGGACAUGGUUUUGGGACGUUCCUCAAAUGUCAAAACAAUGUUUGUUUACUAGUUUUGUAUGGUUUAGCCGUGUGUGCACGUGCAUGCAGACAUGUAUGUGUUGAUUAUUAAAUACGAUGAGGGUCAGCUAUCCUUAAAACCAAGCAAAAGCAUCUGUGUGUGCACUUUGUGUUUGUUUCUGAACGUGUCCAUGUGGACCAAACUUAUGUGCGUCAACCAUACUUGAGCUCACAGGGCAAGCCACAGCAUGCUUUCACUAAGACAACUUAUGUCUCUUUCUUUCUUUCUCGCUUUGUUCCUCUCCUCCUCCUUCAUCCUCCAGCGUCUUCGAGAUCAGAUCAAGACGUGGGUGGCCUCCAACGAGAUCAAAGACAAAAGGCAGCUAGUGGAGAAUCGCAAACUCAUUGAGACGGUAAGUGUGUGAAACACAUGUUCAUUAGCCGCAUACUGAGAAAACCCUUGGUAUAAACACCUGUGCUUAGCAGGGCUUACCAAGCCACAGUGCGUUGAUGAGGUUAUUCAGACAGCUUCAAUGACCGCACCUGCUAACACAAUGAGAUAGAUGUGUCAUCUUGUCCUCUGGCUCUAGGGUCUUGUAUCUAAGUGUGAUCCUCUGUGUGGUUUUGGUUGACCUGAAAUGUGGUGCUACUGAGCCAAAAAUACAUGGGAUGAUGUUGAAAAGCACACUUGUAUAUCAAGAGUCUUGAUGUGACUUUUGUAUUGUGGUGAUCAGCCAAUACAAAUUGAGACGCAAACAGUGGUGACGUUUGAUAAUAUUACCUUUUUGUGUGUAUUCAUGUCAAAGCGAUGUUCAUUGUGAAUACCAUAUCUCUGUUAGCAGUAAGGUUUAUCAGGGGAAGGCAACUAGAUUCAGCCGUGGGGCGAUUUCUGUCAGAGCGGAUGGUUGGGGCCGGAACAUAUUUAUAAUAAUUUGUACACUGCAAAUUGACCACAACUAAGCCCCAAAAUAUUUUUAUUUGAAAAUAACAAUCAUUUCAUACCUUGAUUACAUUGAGACACAGUCACAUCUCUUUUAUUUUUUUUAUUCGUGGGAAUACUUGGGAACAUAUCUUUUUUUACUUUGGGGGUACAAAUAAAAUCACUUGCGGGCCGGUUUUGGUCCGCUGGCCGCCUGUUGCCAACCCCUGGUUUAUAUUGAGUCUACUGCAGUUCUUUAAUCAUCUGCAUUUCAUACCUGUGACACUUUGCUUAGCUAAGGGCAAUUCCACGGUUAACUCCAUUUCUCACUUUUAAAAUGUAUGCCAAACAAAAACCAUUGAUUUCCAAGUUUAACAAACCGUACACCUCUAUGCACAAGGACUACUUUUAACAAUUUCCACUGAAAAAUUUACAAAAACGAAUUUAGUGGAAGAACUGUGCAGAUGCCAACUUUGAUAAUGGAAUUACAGUAAAAUCUCAGGUUGUGUGACCACGUUUUCCAAAAACUCUUAAGUAUCUGCUCCGAAUUAAAAUUCAAAGAUGUCUGCAAAAAGAAUUGUGUGUCAGCUAUUUUUAACCUUUAUUUAACUAGGCAAGUCAGUUAUGAACAAAUUCUUAUUUACAAUGACGGCCUACACCAGCCAAACCCGGACGACGCUGGGCCAAUUGUGCGCCGCCCUAUGGGACUCCCAAUCACGGCCGAUUGUGAUACAGCCUGGAAUCGAACCAGGGGGUCUGUAGUGACACCUCAUGCACUGAGAUGCAGUACCUUAGACCACUGCGCCACUCGGGAGCCCGAGCUAUGGCAUUGAACUACAGUAAGUGAAGUGGCUUUACACCCGGUAACAGAAUUACAUCAUGGAUCGCUGAUCUGUACUACAUAGAAAUGCAUAGUUAUGGAUAUGAAUAUCAUUCUCAUGUUUUAUCAGUUUGGACUGCACAGUAGAGUACAGUACAAUACAGCAGAGUUCAGUGCAGUAGAGUAUAGUACAGUACAAUAUACUGUACGCUACUUUUCUUUACUGUAUUGUACUCACUGUACUGUCCAAAUUUGUGAAACAUACGUCUAUGAUAGGUACAGAUUUGGUCCGGUCCGUCUGUAGACGUUAACAUCAAGGCCAGGGUGAAUUGAUCAAAUUUCAACUACUUUUCAACGUCCACGGACAUCCAGUGUCGGUCGGUGCUCAGUGGGUGAGGAUGCUGGUUCAAGUAAAUGGAAAGAGGGGGCUCAUAGGUAGGUGUCAGUAAGAGCUGGGAGAGGUGGCAUUAACCUGGAGAGGGAGGGAGAUAGGCAGAGAGACGGGGAGGGGUUGUCCAGACUUAGACUGUUUUAACACUCUUGGUUUGACCACCAGACAACAGAAAGACAAAGAAAACAGUUGUGAGCUGAACAUAAUUCCAUUACAGAUUUUUUUGGUAAUUCCGUUACCAAUUUGGUAACCGAAUUACGAGUUUGAAUCACUUAAUUCAUAAACAAAAGUGAUAUCAGUAAAAUCACUAUAACUUAUUGGUAAGAGAAAUGAGAAAAUAUCUUUAAGAAAUGUGUGUUUUUGGUAACGGAAUCACAAGGCAAUAUUUCUUAAACUUACAGAUGGUAAACAAUUUCUCCCAAACGAAAUAUGUGUUUAUUAGUUGGCGUGGGUCUUUACCUCAACAUUGUGUUUUGAUGUAUUUCUAAUACCUUUUAAGACUUGCUGGUGUUCUAAAGACCCCUUUUCCUUCUGUUUGUCCAGAAAUCAAAGCUUUUACUUAUGUCAAAUUUUUAAGAUUGAAAAUGGUUGAAUGCCGUAAUUUCCCAAAAAUACAGACUCUUCGCUUUCAUUUGACACCCAAUUUGAUAUGCUCUUAUGCAGGGUUGGGGUCAAUUUCAUUUUAAUUCUAGUCAAUUCAGAAAUAAACGCAAUUCCAAUUAGAAAUGUUCCUAAUUGAAAAGCAUUGACGAGAAUUGGAAUAUAAAUUUCAGUGUACUUCCUGAAUUGACUGCAACUGAAAUGGAAUUGACCCCAAUCCUGCUAUGAAUUUCACAUGUUGGCGCUCAUGGGUCCUUUUCGAUGGAAAUGCCUCUAAGCAUAAUGUGCUACUUUUUUUUUUUGCAGGCUUUUUUUCCUCAGCUUGGCACUCAACUUCUAGACUCAGCCAAUAACUACAUCACUUUAACAAGGGAGGAAAACUGAUCACUGUUAGUCAAAACUAUGUCAUCACCAUAUCCCAAUUUAUGGUCCACAGAUAUGAUAAACGAAGGAAGUUGCCCCAUAGCACUUAUUGAAGGCUCAGCUUGUCUUGUUUGUCCUUCAAUACGUAUUGUAGUAUUGAGGUAGGGUCCUAGGUAUUUACAGUAAUGGGGCGACACCUGUUCAAAGCAGGCAGUUUGCCACUUUGUCUCUGUCCCAAAUGACAAUAGUGUACUAUUUAGAAUGUACCCUUCAGGUUCCAGUUCCGCAGAGCCCUACCUUGAUCUAUAUGAAAGAUUCAUCAGUCCACUCUAGUGCUGAGGUGGAUAAAGAAAAAAACAGCGGAGACUCCGUCCACAGCCAGGCCCCCCUCAGGAGAACAGUUAGCCACAUUAAAAACAUUUAGCAAAUAGUCACUGCUCUGCUAAGCAUUCACAGGCUUCAUGCCAGAGUUUUAAUUUAGCUUCUUGUUAUGCUGUUAACAGAUUAACACAGGGGGACUAUCAGUCUUAUACAUAGGUACUGCUGGCAUGCUCUUGUGUGGAUGACGAUUAUUACUACACUUACUGUGGCUGCUGACUUCUAGGGAAAUGCAUUGAAACAAUGUUCCGUGUUAGGCUGGGUUUACGCGUCUCCAAUCAUUCUCCUUAGCAAAACGUCAUACAAAUUCUGGCAUGCACCAAAAUCUCUGUGAACUCUGCUUGUGGAAGUCACAGAAGUUGUGGAGCCUCUUCUGAGAACACCUAGUGGAGUGUAUCCAGCAUUACUGGUCAAGGAAGCUCACACAGGUGUCAAAACUUAGUAAUCACUGGCCUGAUUGGGAGAUCUGUACCUGCUGCAGUCAUUCUGAACCAUUAUAUUGAAGGAUGGCUUUAAUUGGUGAGGACUCUGUGUCAAUCUCCACCCACAGUGCCCAGCAUGCACACGGUCAGUAGGUCUGAAAUGGCAAGGUAUUAUCUGAACUUGCCCAAUAAAAAAAACGCUCCCUUUCGUUUUCCGUUGAAUAACAUUUCAAAAUGUUUUACUACGGUGUGUCCUAAUUCCCUAUCACGACCCUAUUUUGAUCGCCAACUAGUCCAAUGCUUUGACGUGAGCAGUUGGAAACAUCUGCUUUCACAAGCCCAAAGUUUUUAUCUCUGGCAUAGCUAGCAUAUGGUCAGCCAAUUGACUCUCAAAGAAAACCUGUCACCUGUAGUGAUUUAUAAACCAAUUCCUGCUGUCUCCCCCUUUAGCAAAUGGAGCGGUUCAAGAUAGUGGAGCGAGAGACCAAGACAAAGGCGUACUCGAAAGAGGGGCUGGGCCUGGCACAGAAGGUGGACCCGGCCCAAAGGGAGAAGGAGGAGGUCGGCAAUUGGCUAACGGUGAGCACUACUUUUGAUUUGAAACCUUUACCCCGAAGGGAAUUUGUUUCACACAACAUGAGCUCAUUUCUAUUGGCAAUAAUGUGGUCUGAUGACAUGACAAUAAUGACUUAGGGAUUUCAUCAUGCAAGCUAGGCCUAUUCAUCGCACUGCACUUUGUUUUCAAAGUAGAUUGGACUUGUUAAAUGUCCAAAUCUGCAUUUGUUUUACAUUUGCUUUACUGCAUAGUUUCUAGGGCAGGGACGAUACCAGUAUCGUAAUAUUUUUUCCAUGGCAAAAAUGAAAACACGAAGCAGACAACUCUUUAGUCCUUUAAAAACCUGCUGUAUGUAAAAUAUUGUGUGCUUUAGCUUAGGAAAUGUUUGUUUCCAACAUUAGGGCUGUUUUCCCAAAUAACUUAAAUCCGCUUUGUGUUUUGUUUCCUUGCCACGAUACUGGUAUCGUCCCAGCCUUAAUAGUUUCACCUAUGAAAUAGGUGUUGGUGUUUGUAUGGACCACACUGCAUAAUGACUGUGGUUCUGGUGUGAUUAUGGCUGUUGUGUUGGUUUAAAUCAUUGAAUGAUAUCUUGGCUGUCGUCCAUCAGAAUACGAUAGACACUCUGAACAUGCAGGUGGACCAGUUUGAGAGCGAAGUGGAGUCCCUCUCAGUCCAGACUCGCAAGAAGAAGGGAGACAAAGAGGUCAGUAGUCCUUUUGCUGCACCAUAUGUUAUCUACACUACAUUACCAAAAGUAUGUGGACACCUGCUCGUCGAACAUCCCAUUCCAAAAUCAUGGGCAGUAAUAUGGAGUUGGUCCCCCCUUUGCUACUAUAACAGCCUCCACUCUUCUGGGAAGGCUUUCCACUAGAUGUUGGAACAUUGCUGGGGGGACUUGCUUCCAUUCAGGCACAAGAGCAUUAGUGAGGUCGGGCACUGAUGUUGGGCGAUUAGGCCUGGCUCGCAGUCGGCGUUCCAAUUCAUCCCAAAUGUGUUCGAUGGGGUUGAGGUCAGGGCUCUGUGCAGGCCAGUCAAGUUCUUCCACACUGAUCUCGACAAACCAUUUCUGUAUGGACCUCGCUUUGUGCAAGGGGGCUUUGUCGUGCUGAAACAGGAAACGGCCUUCCCCAAACUGUUGCCACAAAGUUGGAAGCACAGAAUCGUCUAGAAUGUCAUUGUAUGCUGUAGCGUUAAGAUUUCCCUUCACUGGAACUAAGGGCCUAGCCCGAACACUGAAAAACAGCCUCAGACCAUUAUUUCUUCUCCACCAAACUUUAUAGUUGGCACUAUGCAUUGGUGCAGGUAGUGUUCUCCUGGCAUCCGCCAAACCUAGAUUUGUCCGUUGGACUGCCAGAUGAUGAAGGGGGAUUCGUCACUCCAGAGAACACGUUUAUACUGCUCCAGAGUCCAAUUGCGGCGAGCUUUAUACCGCUCCAGCCGACGCUUGGCAUCGGCAGUCCCGUUCUGUGAGCUUGUGUGGCCUACCACUUCGCGGCUCAGCCGUUGUUGCUCUCAGACAUUUCCAUUUCACAAUAACAGCACUUACAGUUGACCGGGGCAGCUCUAGCAGGGCAGAAAUGUGAUGUACUGACUUGUUGGAAAGGUGGCAUCCUAUGACUGUGUCACGUUGAAAGUCACUGAGCUCUUCAGUAAGGCCAUUCUACUGCCAAUGUUUGUCUUUGGAGAUUGCAUGGCGUUGUGCUCGAUUCUUAUACACCUGUCAGCAACGGGUUUGGCUGAAAUAGCCGAAUCCACUCAUUUGAAGGGGUGUCCACAUACUUUUGUGUGUAUAUAUAGUGUAUCUUCUCCUCCAUAUCUUGCUCUCCUCCGUCUCUCUCUGUUUUCUUCCAUACUUAAGUCUUUUCUCUUUAGAUGAUGUCAUUCUAACUCUAAAUUCAUCUCUCAUCCUAUGUGUCUCUUUAUUUUCUCGGCACGCUGCAUUAUCCAAUGCACCUAAUGUAAAGUAGGUACCAUCUGUUUUCCACUUCCAUGCCUCCACACAUACAUAUAGUACAUUCUGCACUGAGAUUGUUAGCCCAAGCAUACAUUGAGUUUUAAGCAUAAACUUACACGCGCAUCUCUGCUAUAGAAACAGGACCGCAUCGAAGAGCUGAAGCGCUUUAUCGAGAAGCACCGGUACCACAUCCGGAUGCUGGAGACCAUCCUGCGCAUGCUGGACAACGACACCUUGCCGGUGGAUUCCAUCCGCAAGAUCAAGGACGACGUGGAGUACUACAUGGACUCGUCGCAAGACCCCGACUUCGAGGAGAACGAGUUCCUCUACGACGACCUGGAUCUGGAGGAACUCCGUAAGUGCUGCUUCAUCGUGGCGUUGUCGCGAUACUCAGUAUCACACUACUGAUACGACAAAGUACAAGGAAACAAAACAUGAAGCGGACUAAAUUUCCUGAGGAAACCGUCUGAUGUUGGAAACAGUCACCCAAAGUCACAUUUGUUAGUUUUGUCACGUUAUAGCACACACAGUAUUUGACCUAAAGCCAGUUAUUAAAGGACCAUAGAGUAUUUCCAUGGCAAAAGCCAUGGAAAGAGUAUCGGUAGUAUCGAUACUGUGUCGACACAUCACUACUCUGUGUGUGUGUUUAUUCCUGAAUGUGCGUAUGUACUGCAUAUCUUAGACCCCAUGUGUGUAUAAUUUAUGAUGGCUUGGUUAUUGCAAUACUGUACGUUCUAUCAUUUCUGUUCAUGUUGUCUCUGUAUAAUUGCCCACUUAACUUUUUCUAUAUGCAACUUUUUGUUUUUAUGUAGCUACCUCUCCCUCUGUCUCCCCCCAUCCAUCUCUUGUCUCUCUAGCCGGGUCGCUGGUGGCCAUGUCCCCACCGGGCCAAUCGCUCCUGGACGACGAUCUCUUCCAUCAGAUCUCCAGCGGCACGCCUACCUCCACCACUUCCUCCUCGCCCGUCCCCGCCCCUUACACUACGGUGAGGAAACCCCCCCCCCCCCCCCCCCCCCCCCCCCCCCCCCCCCCCGUUGGUUCUGACUACUUCUCACUUCAGUCUCCAUUGUAUCCCCUACUUGCUCUCCCAUGCUUUACAGCCACCCACUCUCAUGCUGUACUGUAACAGUAUAGUAAUUAGGUCUUGUGAAUGUUGAAUGCUCCCGGGUUGGAGUGGGUGCUCGGUGGUCCCUCGCUCUCAGCUCAGAGGGGGUUUAGAGAAACAAGGAUGAAAGGGAGCGGAUUAGGAAGAUGUUGAAGUAUGAUUUGAAGUUUGUAUUGAGCCUCAAAAUGAACAGCACUUGAAUUAAUUUAGGUACAAAACAUAUGUUGUCGCAUGCAAACCCUGUUUUGCAUUGAAUUAGAACCGGUGGUCAUGGCUCGGUCCUUAUUGGAGAUCUUUUGUUUUUUUCUCCAGGAGAACUCUGAAGAUGACAAGAAAAGGGGACGUUCGACAGACAGUGAAAUCAGUCAGGUAAGAUGAAUUCCAAUGUAAACAGUGCUGUCUGAGUCAUGCAUUUUGUUGGGUCUUUGGUCUUCAAAACUGCGCAACUUUCCAUCUAUAUACUUUCAGCUGUGCUGCACCAGAAGUGGUUUUGAAGUAUGUAUUUUAUUCCAUUUCAGUCGCCUGUCAAGAAUGGCAACCCCUCUUCGUCGUUAUCUUCCUCCUCCUCAUCUUCCUCCUCGUCCUCCUCCUCUUCAUCAUCUGCCUCCUCGGGAGCCUCCUCGGGAGCCGCCUCUUCCUCGCUGGGCUCUAUGGCGACCAUCGCCGGAGGCGGCCAGGCCAUCACUGGGGGCAACAACAACAGCCUUCUGGGCAACAUGGGGGGUCUCCUCUCCAACUCUGGCAGCUACAGCAACGCCACCCAGCAGCAGCUGCAGCAACUGCAGCAGCAUCACCAAACCCAGCAGGCCAGAAACUCAGUCAUCUCCUCCAACGCCCCCUCCAACUCCAACCCCAGCCCGUCGAACAACAUCCUCCUCUCCAGCCCCUCCGCCUCCUCGCCCGCCAACUCUAGCACAACCCUCACACCCAACACCCUGCAGCAGGCUCCGUCAAGGCCUUCUCCUGCCUCCACCUUGGGGCUCGGGUUGGGCUUGGGCCUUGGUAAAGGCGGCAUGAGUGGGUCACCGGCCGUCAGCCAGAUGUCGGGCCUUGGCCUGUCAGGGAUGCCGGCGUCCUUAAACACCAUGGCCGGGCUCCUGGCGGGCUCCACUUCGGCCCCCUACGCCACAGCAGCAGCAGGCUCCGGAACCAUCGGAAGCCCCCUAGCAGGGAAAAUCAGCAGCGUGAGCACUAGCAGCACUAACUCCAGCACAGUGGGACUGGUGAGCGGAAACGGCGUCAGCGACAGAUCCGCAGGCCUGUUGGGCUCUUCAGUUGGUGUCAGCGGUGGGAUCCUGGGCCUCAGUGGCCUUAGCUCAGGGCAGUCGGCAGUCCAGGGCCCUCCCCUGGUGGCCCCCAGUCCCAUAGGAGGAGGCCUGGCCCCUGGAAGCAGCCUGGGAGCCAUAGGAAACAUUGGAGGGAACUCUGGUUCAGGAGCACCAAGCAACAGUGUGGGCAUCGUAGGAGGAAGUGCGGCGGUCGGAAGGCUGCCCGGUGGACAGAAGCAGAAUGGUAGCACUAGUAAGCUUGAAUUACUAUCCCUUAUUUGUGAAUUUUGUUUUAUUUAUAGUAGUUGUUCAACCCAGAAUUGGGUUGUACAGAUUAUAAGGUAGACCAAACCAAAUAUUAUCAAAGUUAUGUUUUAGUUUGUAUGCCUCCCUCUCAAUCUGCUCUGUCCCAGGUUACAGUGCUGUAGUAGCAGACAGCACACCAGAUUCCGCCCUCAACAGUACCAGCAAAUUACAAAGCAGCCAACCCUCGUCUUUGACCUCCACCACCAAUCAGCCGUGAGUAAAACAUUUUUUUUUUUAAUCCUAUAGUAUCUUGUAUUGUGAAUAUCACUGUAUACAAUGUGUAUGGUCAGAAUUAUUCAAACUCACUUAAAACCAAAUCAAUCAAUGUCUCUCCCACCCACCCAGUAAAGACAGUGGCCCCAGCCUCUUAGGGUCCUCGUCGUCCUACAUUGAGAGUAAACCUCCAGGCAGCAGUAUGCUCAACGGGCCACUCUCCUACACACAGUCCUCUGAAAGCAUGAAGGUGAGAAAAACACAAGGAGCUUCAUGUAAAAAUGACCCUGGCCUUAGACAUUGUCUAGGAUCAACCCCAAAUACUAACCUGAGCCAUUACGGGGAGAACUUCUUGGGACUUUUUCCUGAUAUCUCACCCAGUUGGUUUAACCCCUUUCGCACUUUCAGCCCCAGGAGCCUCUGAGCACUGUGAAGUCCAUGGCCGAACAAGCGGCACUGGGCUCAGGAAUGGAGGGAGAGAUGCCCGCUCUGCACCUCACCACAG